AUGAUUAAAGAUUAUCUGCACGAAGGUUGCCAUGCCUUAGUAGAGGGAGUCGAACCGGCAUACGGGUACCAACCAUCACUAGCGGCAGGCAUUGCCUUUUGUGUGCUGUUUGGGACAUCCAUGGUGGCCCACACAGCACAAUCGUUUUGGUCCAAGAAGUGGUGGUGCUUACUAUUUGCCAUAGGAUGCUUGACGGAGGUUUUAGGGUGGGCAGCACGGACGUGGUCAGCAGAGUGUCCAUAUCAAACUGACGCCUUCCUGAUGCAAAUAUCAACACUAAUUAUCGGCCCGACAUUCUUCACCGCCGGAAUAUAUGUCCUUCUCGGCCAACUCAUCGCACUGCUGGGCCCAGAAAGUUCUAUUCUUCGCCCCAGCUGGUAUCUCUGGAUAUUUUGCACUUGUGAUAUAGUCUCGUUGGUCGUUCAAGCAGUGGGUGGUGGAAUGGCCUCUUCCGCAGCAGGCGAAGUCAACGGGGACACUGCCCCAGGGACCAACACAAUGGUGGCCGGUAUUGUAUUCCAGAUGGCCGCCAUCACAGCGUUUGCCUUCUGCGGUAUCGACUUUCUCAUUCGGUGUCGUCGCCCGCAACUCCGUGCCCGGUUCACCCCGCGAAUGCGCCUGUUGGUGUUGGCAACGACGUUCUCCGUAGUAUGCAUCUACGUCCGAAGCAUCUACCGCACGAUCGAGUUGUUGCAAGGCUGGACGGGAUAUCUGAUCACACGGGAGCGGUUCUUCAUUGGUCUGGAUGGAAUCACUAUGGUGCUUGCUGUUGUUGUGUUCAACAUCUUUCAUCCUUAUUGGUUCCUGCCGACGGAGCAAGAGUCCAGAAAGAAGGAUUCAAAAAUCCCAAAACCACCACACAAGAAAUGA